AUGUUUGACAAUUUUACUGAAAUCAUUAAGCUGGCUCGCAUUGAAGAAGAUGGACAACUACUGAGACCAACACAGAUUGAUCAGGACCACUAUGAGAUGCAGAUAAGGGCUGCAAAUAUUGUGAGAGCAGGGGAAUCUCUGAUGAAACUGGUGUCAGAUCUGAAGCAGUUCCUCAUACUAAACGACUUCCCGUCCGUCAAUGAUUCCAUCUCCUACAAUGCCGGGAUGUACAAGGAGUACCAGAGCAGCAUCGACAAGAAGUUGAUGAGCUUGCGAGAUGAGAUGGCAGCAGACUUGUAUGAGAUGGAAGAGGAGUAUUACUCUUCCAUGUAUAAAUGA